CUCUUCCACACCACCACAUCUCAGACAAAAACUACACACAGCAUGGCCUCCCAUUCCCCCCAUGUCACCACCAUGAUCAACCCCUCCUGCCUCUUGUACGGACCUGGAGACGCCCGCUACGAAGACCGCCCCAUUCCCAUCAUCACCUCCCCCACGGACGUAAUCAUCCGCAUCGCCUACACGGGGGUCUGCGGCAGCGACGUCCACUUCUGGCACCACGGAGGCAUCAAACGCCCCAUCACCCCAAACAACCCCAUAACCAUGGGCCACGAAGCCUCUGGCAUCGUGCACGCCAUCGGAUCCGACAUCACCACACUAUCCCCCGGCGACCGUCUCGCCCUCGAACCGGGAUACGCCUGCCACCGCUGCAACAUCUGCAAAUCAGGGCACUACAAUCUCUGUCCGCGGAUGAAGUUCGCGGGCGUCCCGACCAUCUACCACGGAACGUUGACGCGGUUUUUCAAACUGCCGGUGGAUUGCUGCUACCGGAUCCCGGAUAGUAUGGGAUUAGAUGAAGCAACGUUGAUGGAGCCGUUGGGGGUGGCGGUGCAUUCGGUGCGAGAGGUCGGGGUGGGUCCCGGGAUGAGGGUUUGUGUGUUUGGGGCGGGGACGGUGGGGGUGUUGUGUAUGUUGGUGGCGAGGGAGUUUGGAGCUGAUGGGGUGGUGGGGGUCGAUAUGAAGGGGGGGAAGUUGGGGUUUGCGGGGAGGUUAUGGGAGAGAAGGAGGGGUUUGGGAGGGGGGUAUAUUCUUGACGGGAAGGGGGAAAUUCAAGAGGAAGGGAAAAGGAUGUUGGAACGGUUUGGAAUGGAUGCGAAUGAAGGCGAAGGGUUUGAUAUAGUGAUUGAGGCGACGGGGGCGGAACCCUGUAUGCGAUUAGGAGUGGAGGUGUUGAAGGUCGGAGGGAGGUUUAUGCAGACGGGCCUUGGGAAGAGGAAUGUCACGUUUCCUAUUGGCACGAUGGCGGAGAAGGAGAUUAUGCUCAAGGGAUGUUUUCGUUAUGGACCGGGGGAUUUUGCCCUCGGAGUGCAAUUUGCGGUGGAAGGGAGGUUUCCGUUGAAGAGGUUUAUUACCAAGGUGGUGGGCUUUGAGAAGGCGGUUGAGGCGUGGGAGACAACAGCCAGGGGGGAGGGUAUGAAGACGUUGAUUCGGGGGGUGGAUAUGCUAGAGUGA